AUGGCACGAUGCCAAUUUGACUCUGUGCUGAUCAAGAAUGAGCAGAAUAGGUUUCAGGGCUCAAGUGAAGGCGAAAGAACACAAUCGAAUCUCUGCUCUUCACUUACUUAUUGGCCUCGUUUCCUCUCUUACUCUCUUUCUCCUUCCUCGUCUUCUUCUCAUUCCUUCCUCCACUCAUCUCCUCUUCCCCACCACCAGUACACUUACUUUGCCUCACUCCAUUUCCUCUUGUGUACAAUCUGUGCUCUGCAUUACAGAUUUCCCUCUCUUCUGAUGUUCCCUGUAUCUGUGUGUCUGUUGACCAUCUUCUGGUCGGCCACAUGGAUUACCUUGAUAACAUCCUACUUGUUUGUUGACAAAGAUAUAAGCCGAUUGAUUGUGCUCCUUGUGAUGGUUGAGGGUAGUCAACUUGGCCCUCCGUACGCUCGCUUUCGUCAAACAAUAGGGCCCCCUCAGCACUCUUCCCGAACUUGCACAAUUAAUCAGUUACAGCUUACAUUCGAUCCAUUGGAUUCUAAUUACAUAUUUCCCAGCCAUUUUCAGGUUGUUGGACAGAUUUGCGGCUUGUCAGAAGACAAUCGGCGCUUUGCUUCCAUCUACUUGCACGCAAGAGUUUACCUUGAGGUGCUUUUUUUUUUCUUUUCUCUCAUGGAAUUGAGAGGGCAAACCGGGUUCUCCCUUUUGCUCCCUGUUUGGUUCAUUCCCCGUCUCGUGCACGGCUUAUGGACCGGAAUACUUGGCCAAUGCUACAUUGGACUAUUUGCAGUUGCUGUUUUCCUUCCUGUCUCAAAGAUUUGGCUUCUCUGUUCUGUGGAAUUACUAGAUGGACAGCACGGCGUAUCACCCUCGGCAGCGGUCUGCCAGGGACCAACUCUCUAUCGGACUCGGUCGUCAGAGUUGCGUUUUUUUUUUUUUUUUACCCACCAUAACAAUGAGGUCUGUUCUUCGGCGUUGUUGGUGGUUCAUCAGAAGUGA